UAUUGCAUGUGACCAAGGGCACACCUGAGCAUGUCUGUUGAGCGAAAAAAUAGUACUUCCUGGUUCUGAUGCGUUCCCCAUGUCCUCCCCAUAGGUUUCUAUUGGCGUCGCUGUCUCUAUACAUAUAUUCUCUAAGGAGCUGAACUACUACAGAUUUUGAAUACGAAAUUAUAUCGGUUAAUACGAGAGAUUUCGAGGAAAUAUCACCAGGACAGGUUUCUGGAAGUUGAGAUCAAGUCGAACUGGCUGGAUAGCUAGCCCAUAUGGAAAGCUUUUUGACUCAGCCUUUUGUUUACAGUGACCAGGAUUUGGUUCGUCGUGUUGUGCGCUCCCAGGGAUGCGAAACACUCGAAAAACUGUCUAAAUUUGACAAACGAUUGCGGUCUACUUGGACUGAGAAGAUGGAGCAUGGGCUAUUCCGUUAUCCUCUCGAGGAUUUAAAGACACGGAUUCUUCCCGGACCGUAUGGUUUCGUAGCUCAGCUUAACAUCAUGCGGGGGCAAGAGAGGCGAAAACCUCAGCAAAUAUUCAGCAUAAGGCAACAAUUUGACUCGGAACAAUUCAACUUUAAUAAGAUACAUUCUCAUGAAAUUCUAUUUCAGAUGAGCAAACAAAACUCAAAUGAGGCAGAUGUAGAACCUCAAUUCAAAGACAUCACGUCACGCUGUAAUGAAAAUGGACUUGAAGGAGCACGCGACAAAGUGAUUGUUGUAAUCAACGUGAGUCCGCUCGAAUUCGGCCAUUGUUUAUUUAUACCGGAACCGACGCACUGCAUGCCACAGAUCCUUACUGCCUCUGCCAUUCAAACUGGAAUUGAGUCUGUGUUUCUAAGCGCCGAUUCAGGAUUUCGAGUGGGAUUCAACAGUCUAGGGGCAUUUGCAUCAGUUAAUCAUUUACACCUCCAUGGAUACUACUUAGACUCGGAGCUGCGGAUAGAAUCUGCUCCGACCGAACCUUUAGUUCCCAAGAAGGGCUUUCACCGAUUAAUUGACUUCCCGUCCGGAUUCUUGUUUUAUACGGAAGGAGAAUGCUUGCAUGAAACUGCCACUGUCAUUUGGCAACUGACAAACUUUUUAGUGGAAAGAAAUGUCGCACAUAACAUGUUUCUUACCAGGGGUUGCCCACCGGGUAAGCGACAUGAACCUGCGCUUUCUCGUUCUGGUGUACGAAUAAUCGUGUGGCCAAGGAUAUCCUGCUUCGGGGCGAAAGAAGAAUCCGCCUUCAACGUGGCUCUUUGUGAGUUAGCUGGGCAUUUGCCAUUUAAGAACAGAAGGGACUUUGACGCCAUCACUGAAAGCGAAGUGAAAACCAUUAUUCAAAAAUAUCUCCUUCCCGGUGACGAAUUUACGCAGUUACAAUCAGAGCUAUGCAAACAAUUACACGUACAUCAGUAGCGUAGGCUACUAUCCGCGUAGAUAAUUCAACAUAUUUUAGAAACGCAUGGUGUGUGAACCUUUUGCAUAACUUUGGUGUCCAUGAUAAUCCAAGAAUGGUCGGGUGCGUGACUGCUUUUGUCCCAGCACUAAAACACCUGAUUCAACCAAAAAAAGAAAAAAGGUCACGUUCUUCCAUUAGAGCCUUUAUUAGUUGAGUCAGUUAUUUUUGUGCUGGGGUAGAACCAAAACCUUCACAUAGACCAAGCGUUCUUGGAUAAAAUAAAAGAUUAAAAACAAACUGUCUAUUUCCCUUUGACUGGAAGGCAUACUUGUAUCUCCCCCUGUAUCCUCACUCUGAUCAUUUUUUUUCGUAAUGUCUAUCCACCACUCACAUGUGUUUGUAUUAAGCAUCUCAUGAUAUUUGUGUGUGUGUUUGCAUGUAUGGUACAUGGCCUUUCAGUAUUACUGACAUUAAUAGUUUAUUGAUAUGUGUUAUGGGAGAAUUUCUGUGCUGGGUAUCAAAUUUGUAUUGUCCUUUCUGUCUAUUCUAUGUUCAUUGCUCAUAUGGGCCUUCCUUGCUUGGACUAAUUCCAUUUGACACUGUGUGCUAGGAAGGGAGGUUGGAUGUCGGCGUGUAGCCUUGCUCUCAACGUUUGAGAGCAGGAUGGAUGCACCACGACCCGUGAAGUAGUCGUGGUUGCCUGCUCAUGGGAAGGCUUCACUCACUCCUUGUUUAAUUUGGGUUUCCUACUAUUUUAUGUGUGAAAUUCAGAUAGUCUUGCCUUAUGUACCGUACAUUCUUGUGGCACAUAUUUUAAGUACUGUAUAAAUGGCAUUAAGUUGAUUCUAACUGUUUCCAUGCUGUUUUUCACAAAGAGAGUGAAUAGUUUUCAUUAUUUUAUUAUUUUGCCUACAGCCUGGUGUGCUGUGAGGGGAAACAUGGCAUGGGGUAAUAUAUCUACAUAACAAAAUACUUGAUUUUAUUAAUAUUGUACUAUUUUAUGUCAUCCAGUUUGUUGAUGGAAAAAUACAAGUUGGAACUAUGUCUUUGAGAAAGAUGCGUGCAGGAGAGAUAGGGACGUCUUACACCUUGCACAAUCAGACCAUGUGACUUGCAGAAUGUAUAGAAGUUGACUCCAUGCCCAGAAUCGCUUUUGUCUUUUUAUAAUCAGCAUGUUUUGCAUAAUCAUUCUUCUCAGCAUAGUUACUGGCACCUUAUGCAUGUCAUAUAUAAUCAAGGAAAUCUUCAGAGUAUGAAAAUACAACAAGCUGUUGUUUGAAUUUAGCCAAUAAAACUUGCAAAAGGGUGUAUAUGCAAAAACAAUUAUUCUUAUGCGACAGGCCGAAGCCUCAUGCUUUGAAUUCGUGUGGUUUUCAUCCUAAAUUAUAUAGUAGGAUCAGUUAAAAAUGUUUCUACCCAUGAUUCAUAAAAUGGGCAUACUAAUGAAUAAAGUUUCUUAAAGCACACAUACGCACGUUUCAUUUUUA